CACGCCAUUCAACCAAACUCAGCCAGCGGGAGAAAACAAAAAGAAACACUGUUUUGUUGCAAACUCGAUGAAUAGCCCAAACGAUUCGACGGCUGCGUAUGCGCAGGCGUAGCACCUCUCUCACAAUCCCAGCCGCCAUCUGCAAAUCCGCCAUCCACCAUCCGCCAUCCAAGACAUAUCAAACCAUGUCCUUCACCCAACCCGUCCCCGCCGAAUACCAAACUCCCCCUUUCCCUUCCCUGUACGUAUCCUCAGGCUUCUACCACGAUGGAUACCAAUACCUCUAUUACACGAAGGACAUAUGGCGCUUCACGCUCUUCUGGACGCUGCUCUUCUAUAUGGGUGCGCAUCUCUCCGCUGCCCUGUGUGCCGUCGUAAUGCAAUGGCGUAACUGGAAGCUCGUCUGGGCUGUGGUCUUAGUAUACGGACUCAUUGCUGGUUUGGAAGGGUUGCUGGCGGGUAGUGUCACGGGCCUUAUUCUCGGGGCUGUCUAUGAAGCCGGCAACUAUAAAAUGUCCACUUGGAUUCCUUUUUCGUGGGCGGCGCUUAAUACAUUGGUCUUGAUUCUCUCGAGCUUUUCGAUCCAGGGAGGGCUAUAGGCAACUCACGGCGCGUCGUUGACAAGCAUUCUUAUUCACUUUAUCGACGACAUACAGCUGAAAACGGAGGGAAACAACCAACCCGACAUCCAUAAAAGUUUUGAGAGAAAGGGCUGGGUAAUAUCACUACCGUAGCUACAGUAUCAGCGGUAGUUCAGCCUAGAAAUAGGAAACAGCGCAAUACCA